AUGAACAUGAUGUGCUGCUUAUUGUGUUUCGAAAAUAAUGACUCUCACGAGCAUCUGUUUUUCGAAUGUAAGUUCUCGGCUCAGAUUUGGCGCUCGGUUAGGGAUAAGGUGAAUAUGGGUACGGUUGACCCGAAGUGGACUGAUGUGACGAGUUGGUUCUUAGCUAGAGGUGCGUCUAAAUCGGUCUUCAAUUAUUCAAGUCGCCUCAUAGUAGCAGCUUCAGCGUAUUUCAUUUGGCAAGAGCGUAACGCUAGAUUGUUUAAAAAUCAAACGAGACCUCCAGACAUUAUUAUCUCUUUGAUUCUUCAAACAGUUCGAUACAAACUUAUGGGAGCGAAGUACAAGAGAAUGGAUAAAGUCAAACGCUUUCUAGAGCUGUGGGAUAUUCAUGAUGACGUGAUGCUUGACGACGCUGGCUAG